AGAAUUAACGGAAUCCCAAGAGAGGAUGCUCUGGGAUUUACGUGUGGUACGUGGCUAGAGACAGGAUAUUCUUCUUUGGAAUGCAAUCAAUGCUCGAAACCUCGAUCAUUGCUUCCAGUAAUUCAUAGUAGACAUACAAGUUAACAAGAAACGUGUUAAAAUGUCGCUGUCUUCUUUACGGUUACUGCGUAUGCCCUCUAGACAAGGCUUUUUAAUCUCAGUUUUACGGCAUGCAUCAUCUGAUGCCAAUGAAGCAUGGACGUUGCAGGAACCGUUGGUUAAAGAUGAUCCAGAAAUUAGUGCAUUGAUUAAAGAGGAGAAAAGCAGACAAGUCCGUGGACUGGAAUUAAUCGCUUCAGAGAACUUUUGCAGUCGAGCUGCAAUUGAAGCAAUGGGGUCGUGUCUAACUAAUAAAUAUUCAGAAGGCUACCCAGGUCAAAGGUACUAUGGUGGUACUUAUGUCAUUGAUAAGAUAGAAUUGCUAUGCCAACAGAGGGCGCUAGAGGCCUUUGAUUUGGAUCCAGAGAAAUGGGGAGUGAAUGUACAACCGUACUCUGGGUCUCCUGCCAACUUCGCUGUCUACACUGCCCUCUUGAAGCCACAUGACAGGAUCAUGGGUCUGGAUUUACCUCAUGGUGGCCAUUUAACCCAUGGAUUUAUGACAGAUACAAAGCGGAUUUCUGCAACCUCCAUUUUCUUUGAGUCCAUGCCAUACAGGCUAGAUGAAACCACUGGGUUAAUUGACUAUGAUAAGCUAGCAGAAACUGCAAAUCUCUUCCGUCCAAAAAUCAUUAUUUGUGGGUAUAGUGCAUACCCCAGGCUACUAGACUAUGCAAGGUUUAGACAAAUCUGUGAUGACCAAAAAGCAAUAAUGUUUUCAGAUAUGGCCCAUAUCAGUGGACUGGUUGCUGCCAAAGUUUUGCCAUCUCCCUUUGAACAUUCGGACGUCGUCUCCACAACAACUCACAAAAGCUUGCGAGGCACACGGGCUGGAUUGAUAUUCUAUCGAAAAGGCGUAAAAAGUGUCAGUAAGAAAACUGGAAAAAAUAUAAUGUACGACUACGAACAGAAGAUAAAUUUUGCGGUUUUCCCGUCAUUGCAAGGUGGUCCGCACAAUACUAACAUCGCUGGCGUUGCUGUCGCAUUAAAACAGGCCUGCUCACCACAGUUUGUCGAAUAUCAGAAGCAAGUACUCAUGAAUGCAAAAGCCAUGGCUGAGGAACUCAUGUCGUUGGGCUACACUCUCGUAUCAGGAGGUACAGAAAAUCAUCUAGCACUCUUGGAUCUUCGACCUAAGGGCAUAGAUGGAGCUAGAGCUGAAAAGGUUUUGGAGCUAGCAUCUAUCACUGUCAACAAGAAUACUUGCCCAGGUGACAAGAGCGCCCUCGUACCAGGAGGACUACGGUUAGGAGCACCAGCGCUAACAUCAAGGAACUUCAAAGCAGAUGACUUCCGUAAAGUUUCUCGGUUUAUUGAUCAAGGAUGUGCGAUUUGUAUCGAUGCAAAGGCACAAUCAGGAAAAUCAAUGCAAGAAUUCUUCGAUUUUAUACAGACCGAUGAUAAAAUUAAAUCAAGAAUUUCCGAACUGCGCAAGGAAGUGGAAGAAUUUGCCAGCAGCUUUCCAAUGCCAGGAUUUGAUGACCAUUAAAAUUGAAGCCAAUCUAAAAUGCUAAUGCAUUAGAUUUUGGCUGUAUAAAGCCCUGCCCUAUCAAAAACAUGUGACAUGCCUAAAUAUGGUCUUGAUGACAUGACACAUCAUUACCUUAUAUAGGCACAUCAUGACUAUAUAUGGGCAUACAACAGUUUUUGUCAAAGAAUAUUUGUGGACAGAGUUUAACAUUCCAACUGGUUUGAUAUACAGUAAAGUAAUGCAUUAGCUUAUUUAUAUGCAAUUAGUGAAGGCGUGGGUAUAUAGUACACGUGGAGUGGAUCCCUGGUUUUCGGGCCAUUUUAGGUUGCAACCCAUUUUCAGAUACCUUAUAUUGAGGUGACCCAAAGCCCACAUUACAUUGCUGGCAAAUUGGGGAAUGCUGCUGUUUUGGGAGUACACACCGAUCUCAGUCCCACCAUGGUUGGAGCAGAGACAAGCAAAUGUUUAGCUUAUGUCGCCUCUGUAUCUCUGAAGAUCACGCUUUUUUAUGCAUUCUGAGUCAACUUUAAUAUUAGAGGAUAUAAGUUGUAGUUUGAUAAGAAAACUUGGUUUGGAUUUGGGACUUGAUUAUAACAACCAUUUUGUUUGGAAUUGAUUUUGUGAUUAGAAAGAAAGUAUAUACGUGGUGCGGUCACUGGAAGAGACACUUGUACAAGCCAGGCCGUAUUGCGAUGAUGCAUGCUUGUAUUUUUUAAUAUAAUCAUGCUGAUUUAUGGUAUUAACACCAAGAAUUGUUAUAUUUACGUAGCAAUUAAAAAUAAAGAUGAGAAAAUUUCUUCUUGUUAGAAAUUUUUCCAAUCUGUUUACAGGAAACGUAUCUUUUCAAAGCAUGGACAAAUUCAAAUUCAUAUUUUGUGUUCGAAGCUGGGUUGAAAAGUGCAUAAAUUGCCAAUUUUUGUUUUGACAUGACCUUGUCUAAAGAUAUUAUUGGUCAGGGUAAGUCUUGUGAUCCAUGGUUUGAGUACCAUGGCCGUAGAUAACAUUGCUGUGCACUUAUAGAAUAGUUUUUUUAAUUACAACUCAAGAUGUAGGUACAUUUGUGAUUUAAAAUUUAACAGUAUGAAGUGACCAUAAUAUCCAAGAACCCUAACAGGGUUUCCAAGCCUCGAGGUUCCUGACAAGAUUUCAAAAACCAGACACAGAUUCUACACCCUGAGACCCACCAGGGAGGGAGAACAUUUUUUGAAAUAGGCACCUCUACAUUCCUGGAAAUAGCCAUUUUAACAAAUGUAUUUUCAAUGCAGUUUUUCCCAACAAAAUACAACUUCUACCAUGGGGGUCCAGGAUUUUCUAAUGGGGGUCUUGUGCCCUCUCUGGAACCCCCAGUAUGUGAGGCGCAGCUGAUAAACUAAUAAUAAGUGUUAGAAUGUUCAUGUAUUAAUAGUUUAUUUCCUUACGUUUUGUGUUGAUAACCUCACGAAGGAGGCAGUGCAGCUGAAUCCACUGGUAUGAGGCACGUGUUUUGGAUUAUUAUGUGUGUGAAUUUUCAUGGAUUUUUUUUAUUAAAUGGUUUUUUGUUUUUCCAUUUUUAUAUAGAAAUAUAUAUUGCACACAAUAUUGACUGUAUUGCACACUGUAUUGGGUAUGGUGGUUUUUGCUUUUUUAAUCUGUUACCAAAGAACAGUUUAGUCCAUUACUGGUGGUUCACAUAAGUUAUAGGCCCUCUAGAUAGGUCUCUGUAACUAUGUUAGUACAUAUAUUAUGUGUAAUGGAAUUUAGGCAACAUUUCUACCUCUUUUCUGUCCACCUUUGUAUGUUUAAACGUAGCGGUGGCACCAGAGAUUCUCGACGAGGGGUCAAAUGUUGCAGGAAGAUGUUCCGAGGUUCCCGAAAGGGGCCACACCCACCUCAGCCCCACAUUGAUUGGAGAAAAUUUUAGAUUUGGAAAUGGCAUUAUCAGACUGUAAAUAUGCUUUAAAGCAGGGUCUCCAGAUGAAACUGUGUCCCUGGACCCUUAGCAGUUUUCAUAUGAAAUUUAAUAAUUUUAUCAGUUUGCAGUAUGUACUGGUUAAGAAAUCUUUCAAAAUAUGCCAUAUUGAGCCUAGCUUACAUAUUGAUAAAUAUCAUUUCCAGAUUGGUUUCAAAUACAUGACAAUACUUACCCUCUCAAUUUUAACUCUACUGCAAAUAAAGAUAUAUUAGAGUAUAU